AGCGCCGCUCAGCAGACCCCGCUCUCUCCGGCGCCGCUACUCACACAGGCUUCCAGCCGCCACCGAGCGUCCUCUGUCUGCGGCAGCGGCGGCCGAGGCGGCGGUGGGAAAGGCAGCUGCAGCCCGGCCCGGUCUCAGAGCCCCGUGCCCUGGACGGAGUCCGGGGAGAAGCGGGGAAGGAGGACGCGGAGGCGAGGAGGAGCCGCGCCGCGCCCGGCUCCGCGCGGCGGGCUGCCUCCGCGAGCGGUACCGCGGCCCCAGGUCCUUUGCACCCAGCAUGACAGCAUCUUUAUAACCCGUGGAGGAGAGAGCGCUCACCAUGCUCAGCUGUGCGACCAGCUCUAGACAGGCAGGGUGUCUCUGAGUCACCGGAGCGCCGUGCCCGCUGCCUUCCUGCUGUCCGCCCACCUCUCUUCACCUCUGACCGUCUUCCUACGGCUCUUCUGGGGCGACUGUCUCCAAGGGAAGUGCGUCUCAGAAGCAUCUGGCAUGUCAAAGCUACACUGUCUUCCACGGGACUUCCUUUGUGAACAGCUUCCGUUUAAAAGAGUUUUGUGAAUACCUUGUUUCAAUCAAGUCCCCAAAGAACACGUUUGUCUUCUGAUCUGCUGGAGGUCUUAAGAAUCCGAUGAUCCCCGUGGCGACCUGACACUCAGCCAUCAAAGUGCUCCUGCCCCUCAGGAUGCUCGUGAUUCAGUAGUAGAUGCAGGUGGCAUUGAAAGCAUCACCCAGUGUCCCCAGCAGCUUCCUCAGAUGAUGGCUGCAGCAGCCGAUGGUUUGGGAAGUAUCACGAUAGACACGACUCAGCUGAACAUGUCGGUGACGGACCCCACCGCCUGGGCCACCGCCAUGAAUAACUUGGGCAUGGUUCCCGUGGGGUUGCCUGGUCAGCAGCUCGUGUCAGACUCAAUCUGUGUACCAGGCUUUGAUCCGGGUCUCAACAUGAUGACUGGCAUCACCCCUAUUAACCCAAUGAUACCAGGCCUGGGGCUGGUACCACCCCCACCGCCAACGGAAGUGGCUGUCGUCAAAGAAAUAAUCCACUGCAAAAGUUGUACUCUUUUCCCUCAGAAUCCAAAUCUUCCACCUCCCUCCACAAGAGAACGACCUCCUGGGUGUAAGACCGUGUUUGUUGGAGGGUUACCAGAAAACGCCACUGAGGAAGUCAUCCAAGAAGUCUUUGAGCAGUGCGGUGACAUCACAGCGAUUCGGAAAAGCAAGAAGAAUUUUUGUCACAUUCGCUUUGCCGAGGAGUUCAUGGUUGAUAAAGCCAUUUACCUUUCUGGUUACCGGAUGCGCUUAGGGUCUAGCACGGACAAGAAGGAUUCAGGCCGCCUGCAUGUGGACUUCGCCCAGGCCCGGGACGACUUCUACGAGUGGGAGUGCAAGCAGAGGAUGCGCGCCCGCGAGGAACGGCACCGGCGCAAGCUGGAGGAGGACCGGCUGCGGCCGCCCUCGCCGCCGCCCAUCAUGCACUACUCCGAACACGAGGCCGCGCUGCUGGCCGAGAAGCUGAAAGAUGAUAGCAAGUUUUCAGAGGCCAUCACAGUGCUCUUGUCCUGGAUUGAGCGAGGGGAAGUGAACCGGCGGUCCGCAAACCAGUUCUAUUCCAUGGUGCAGUCAGCCAACAGCCACGUCCGCCGGCUGAUGAACGAGAAAGCCACCCACGAGCAGGAGAUGGAGGAGGCCAAGGAGAAUUUCAAAAAUGCCUUAACCGGGAUCCUCACUCAAUUUGAGCAGAUUGUGGCCGUUUUCAACGCUUCUACCAGACAAAAAGCUUGGGACCAUUUCUCGAAAGCUCAGCGCAAGAACAUAGACAUUUGGCGAAAGCACUCUGAGGAGCUCCGGAACGCUCAGAGUGAGCAGCUUAUGGGCAUCCGCCGGGAAGAAGAGAUGGAAAUGUCGGAUGAUGAGAACUGUGACAGCCCUACUAAAAAAAUGAGAGUCGAUGAAUCAGCCCUGGCCGCCCAGGCCUACGCACUUAAAGAAGAGAAUGACAGCCUCCGGUGGCAGCUGGAUGCCUACAGGAACGAAGUGGAGCUGCUGAAGCAAGAGAAAGAGCAGCUGUUUCGAACAGAAGAAAACCUGACCAAGGACCAGCAGGUGCAGUUCCUGCAGCAGACCAUGCAAGGCAUGCAACAGCAAUUGCUGACCAUCCAGGAGGAGCUAAACAACAAAAAGUCAGAAUUGGAGCAAGCAAAGGAAGAGCAGUCACACACACAGGCCCUACUCAAAGUCCUCCAGGAACAAUUGAAGGGUACCAAGGAGUUGGUCGAGACCAAUGGCCACAGCCACGAGGACACAAAUGAAAUUAAUGUGUUGACAGUCGCAUUGGUCAACCAAGACCGAGAGAACAAUAUUGAGAAAAGAAGCCAAGGCUUAAAAUCAGAGAAAGAAGCUCUGCUAAUCGGCAUCAUAUCAACGUUCCUUCACGUCCACCCUUUCGGAGCCAACAUAGAAUAUCUCUGGUCGUACAUGCAGCAGCUGGACUCCAAGAUAUCUGCAAAUGAAAUCGAAACGCUUUUGAUGAGGUUGCCACGCAUGUUUAAACAGGAAUUCACAGGUGUGGGAGCAACACUGGAAAAAAGGUGGAAGUUGUGUGCCUUUGAAGGAAUUAAAACUACCUAACUGUGAACAGCAACAAAAUCUCUGGACAAGAAACCGCCUGAACCCAGCCAGGGCUGUGCCGUGUGAGCCCAGGAGGUUUGGGGUUGGUCCAGCGAGGGAACUUCAUGGAGCCAUCAGACCCUGACUUUAGUUACAUCUGUGGCGUUCUCUUGUGAGUGGAAAUGUAAUUGUGUACCAGUUCCCUAAAACAAACAAAGCUUCAUACUGUGACAGAUCUGUUUGCUAUGAAAACCAAACAAUGAUUCCACAGUCAUAAUGAUGGCAAAACCUUAAAAUAUGCUACAUUUGAGAAUAGCUCACAAGCAAAAUAUUUAAAGCUAAUGAUGGUGUGGCAAUGGUUGUUGCUAGGCUACAGAGUUGUAUAUGUAAUGUAUAGCUGAAAUCAUUCAAUGACAUUUUCCUGAAAGUCUUUCUGUUUUAGUAAAAAAAAAGAAAAAAAGAAAAGAAAAGCAAAGAAAAAAAAGUAAUUUUACAGUGAGGGAAAAAAAAAAACCAUACCAAAAGAAAACUUGAAUAUGUGUCUGAACAGUUAUUGUAUUUUGUAAAUUAAGUUAUAUGCUGUUUUAGGGACUUUUGCCUUAUUGAAGAGGCAGAAAUGUGAUUGGACUCCUUGAGAAUGCUUUAUCAAGAAUAUUAUUUUUCUAAUGUAACAUUUCUCCAUCAUAAGUUCUUUUAACAUGGACUGCAUAACAAUUUUCAUAAAAUGUAAAUAAAAGAAAAACUAGUGCUACUGUCUUGUACUUGG